AAUUCUCAUUCCCAAUCCAACAGCUUUUGUCUCCGACCAAAACCACCUUCAAGAAAUGGCAUCAUUGGAUAUUCAUAAACUGCUUCUAUUCUCUUCCAUAUUUCGUGUUGUUUUGAUUGUAUAUGGAGAGUGGCAAGAUGCACAUAUGGAAGUUAGAUACACUGAUGUUGACUACCUUGUGUUUUCUGAUGCUUCAUCUUUAAUGGCUUUGGGUGAUUCCCCUUAUAAGAGAACCACCUAUCGUUAUUCCCCUUUGCUUGCAUUUCUUCUCCUUCCGAAUUCAUUGGUCCAUCGCUCAUGGGGGAAGUUUCUCUUCUCCUCUUCAGAUAUACUUGUGGGAUAUUUUAUAUAUUAUAUUCUAAAGAUGCGGAAGGUCCCUGAAAAUCUGUGCAACUACUCUGUCAUGACAUGGCUCUUUAAUCCAUUUACCUUCACAAUUGGGACACGUGGCAACUGUGAACCCAUUGUUUGUGCCAUGAUAUUGUGGAUCCUUAUUUGUCUUAUGAAAGGUAAUGUGUUACAGUCAGCAUUUUGGUAUGGACUUGUUGUCCAUUUCCGGAUUUAUCCUAUAAUUUAUUCUAUUCCUAUAAUCGUGGUUCUUGAUCCAAACUUCUUCCCAUCUGGUCAGAAACCCGUCUUAAGGAACUGGAGUGACGUUCAAGGAAAGAGACCCAAAGAUGGGAAUGGCUGGCAUACUUUACACAAUCUCUUAAAAAGCAUAUUCACAAGGGACAGGCUGCUAUUUGGACUGGUCUCAGGAUUGGUUUUCCUCGUUUGUACUGGUCUGUUCUUUUGUUUAUAUGGGUGGGAAUUCCUAAAUGAGGCAUUGCUGUACCAUCUUACUCGCACAGAUCCAAGGCACAACUUCUCCAUCUAUUUCUAUCACAUAUAUCUUCAUUAUGGGCAUGAUAUUUCAGUGGUGGAGAAGCUUAUCUCCUUUUUGCCACAGUUUUUGGUUCAGCUGGUUCUUAUUUUCAGCUUUGCACAGGAUUUGCCAUUUUGCCUAUUUGUGCAGACUGUGGCAUUUGUGGCAUUCAAUAAGGUGAUUACAGCACAGUAUUUCGUUUGGUUCUUUUGCUUGUUGCCUCUAAUACUUCCUUGGAGUAAAAUGAAGCUUAAAUGGGAUGGAUUGUCUUGCAUUCUUUUGUGGAUUGGAGCUCAGACUCAUUGGUUAAUGUGGGGUUACCUGCUUGAGUUCAAGGGUAAAAAUGUUUUCUUACAGCUUUGGGUGGCAAGCUUAGUGUUUCUAGCAGCCAACAUAUUCAUCCUAGUCAUGAUUAUUCGUCAACAUAAAUGUGCUUCAGUUUUCAAAUCUUUAGAGUAUGCCAAGAAGCUUGAGUCAAUCUUGGAGUCUAAUUGAGAUGUUACUAGUUCGUAGAGUAAUUUUCAUUUAAGUAUAUUGUGAAUUACCCAACUAAAAGAUUCUGGACUCAAAUUCAAGUCUACUUUAAAUAUCCCUUGUCUUUUCUGAGUGACCAAUGAAGGAAGAGCUUAUGCCUUAUAGUACAUUGGUAGCUUCGCAAUUGUAUGUAAGAUGUCCUAUUAUCUUGAAUGGUUUGAUU